AUGAGGGGAUAUCUUCCACUGGGUCUUGUUUUAAUCCGUCAGAAAGCUCUGGUGGGCCGUUUACCGCCGGGCGGCCACAAGGUUUACAAAAUCACCAAAAUCGCCGUCAUUCCCCUGUCUGACGAGGAGCCCCAGGAGCUGGACCUGGAGCUUUGUAAAAAGCAUCACUUUGGAAUUGACAAACCAGAGAAGCUGGCCCAGUCUCCUGAUGAUUCCAAGUUCUUGAUGAAAACUUUCAGUCAGAUCAAGUCCAACGUGGCUGUGCCCAUCAAGAAGAAGUAUUCCCCUGCCUUCCAGGUUAAAGAAAACAAAGAGAAGGAGCGUUUGGAGAGGCGGCUGCUGGAAGAGCUGUACAAGAUCUUCAUGGACUCGGACUCCUUCUACUACAGCAUGACCUAUGACCUGACGAACAGCGUGCAGCGUCAGGGAGACUCGGAUAAGUCCGGCCUACCUCUGUGGAAGCAGGUGGAUGAUCGUUUCUUCUGGAACAAACACAUGAUCCAAGACCUCAUUGACCUCCAGCUCCCAGAGGCCGACCCCUGGCUGAUCCCGGUCAUCCAAGGCUUCGUGCAGGUGGAGGAACUGGUGGUGAACUACAACGAGACGUCCGAUGAGGAGCGCAGCAGCCCAGAAACCCCACCAAAGGAGAUCACCUGCGUCGAUGACAUCCAUCCUCGUUUCACCGUGGCACUGAUCUCCAGGAGGAGCCGCCACCGCGCAGGGAUGCGCUACAAACGCAGGGGCGUGGAUAAAGAUGGCCAUGUGGCGAACUACGUGGAGACAGAGCAGCUGAUCCACGUGCACAGCCACACGCUGUCCUUUGUGCAGACCCGUGGUUCUGUGCCCGUGUUCUGGAGCCAGGCCGGGUAUCGCUACAACCCUCGACCCCGCUUAGAGAAAGGAGAGAAGGAGACCAUGUCGUACUUUGCUGCUCACUUUGAAGAGCAGCUCAAACUUUACAAGAAACAGGUCAUCAUUAACUUGGUGGAUCAAAGCGGACGGGAGAAGAUCAUCGGCGAUGCGUUUCUGAAGCAGGUCCUGCUGUACAACAACCAGAACCUCACAUACGUUUCGUUUGACUUCCACGAGCACUGUCGAGGUAUGAAGUUUGAGAACGUGCAGACUCUGACCGAUGCCAUUUCUGACAUCAUCACUGACAUGAAGUGGGCCUGGGUGGACCAAGCCGGAGUUAUCUGCAAGCAGGAGGGGAUCUUUAGGGUCAACUGUAUGGACUGCCUCGACCGGACCAACGUGGUUCAAGCUGCCGUAGCUCGGGUGGUGAUGGAACAGCAGCUGAAGAAGCUGGGCGUGAUGCCUCCAGAGCAGCCGCUGCCUCUGAAGUGCUACAGGAUUUAUCAGGUCAUGUGGGCCAACAACGGGGACACCAUCAGCAGACAGUACGCAGGAACCGCAGCGCUCAAGGGAGACUUCACACGAACAGGAGAGAGGAAGCUGGCCGGUGUGAUGAAGGACGGAGUGAACUCUGCCAACCGCUACUAUCUGAACCGCUUCAGAGAUGCCUACAGGCAGGCGGUGAUCGAUCUCAUGAUGGGCUUACCGGUGACCGAGGACCUCUACUCCAUCUUCAGUAAGGAGACGGAGCAGGAGGAGAAGGAGAAGGAGAGCCAGAGAGGAGCUCAGGAGCAGGUCAGCCUCCUGCUGCAGACCUACAUGCAGCUGCUGCUGCCAGAUGAUGAGACGUUUCACGGAGGGUGGGCCCUCAUCAACUCCGACAUGAGCCUCAUCGAUGCCACCAACAGAGACGUGGACGUGAUGCUGCUCCUGUCGGACAAAGCUUACUACAUCGCCUACUACGACGAAGAGGCAGAUAAAGUCAACCAGUACCAGCGCCUCAACUUGGAAGGGCUGGAAAAGAUUGAAAUCGGUCCGGAGCCUACGCUGUUCGGGAAGCCGAAGUUCUGCUGUAUGCGUUUGCACUACAGGAAUGAAGACACGAGCGGGUACUUCCACACCCUGAGAGCAGCGACACGGAACCCCGAGGACGACGGCAAAGAUACGCUACAGUGCAUAGCCGAAAUGCUGCGCAUAACUAAACAGGCUACGGGGCUCGACCUGCUGGUGGUGGAGAAGAAGCUGGAGAGGCGGCAGAGUAAACCACACGAGGACAUAAUGGGGAUCCAGAACAAACCUGCAGACCAGGUUCAGGGCAGCUCCGGUCUCUCGCAGGGCAAAAGUUUCCUCCUCAACAAAUUCUCCUCUCUUAAUCAGAAGGUGAAACAGACCAAGACGAACGUAAACAUCGGCCCCUUUAAGCCACUUGGUAAGCUGGGGAACUUCUCUAAGCCCGACGUGACCGUCAGUUUCCUCAAACCAACUAUGCACGUCAACCUGUGGAAGUCGGACAGCAGCCUGGAGACGUCGGACAACAACCCAGGCGCAGGAGUCUUAAAGGACAUGAGCGAUGAGCACUAUGAGAACUCCUCAGACUCGGAUUCCUAUAAUUCGGACCUCGAGCGUCCGUGCACCAGCUCCUUUGACAAAGUGGACUACGUUCUACCAAGCUGUGGCAUUGUAGCAUCAAACCCACGUCUGGGGAGCCGCUCCCAGUCCAUCGGUAGCACAGAAUUAAAUAUUCCCUCAAUUAUCAGAGUCACUGGCUGCGGAGACGUGCAAGAAGGCUUGUCUCAUGUAAGUGACACGUCACCGGGGUCAGCCUCCGUGGCAGAAGAAGCCCUUCUUAUCGACUUUGGGACUCCCAUCGACGCCUACUGCCACCAGUUUAUCCAGGACGCACAGACCAAACCUGUUGAGGUGUUCGGUGAGCGCCCACCUCUCAACCCUGCAGUGCCUGUGCAAAAGACCCCAGCGGACUCGGUCAAGCAGCCAAACUCAGAGCUGCAGAGUCAGUAUGAGGAUCCUCAGCUCCCCAGGCCUUCCCACCUGGACAUCCAAACCUCUACCUCUGGUUCCAACUUCCUCUCCGUUCAGAAACCCAGUUCCACAGUCUCAGGAGGCUCCCAGAGAAGUCUGGGCUCGCAGAUGGAAGGCAGCCUCGGACCCUCGCCUGCCGACAGCAACGGCAGCCGAGCGGUGUCUCCUUUUGCCAAGAUCAAGAGCUCCAUGGUCCAGGUGGCCAGCCUUACCCAGGCCGGACUCACCCAGGGCAUCAACUACGCUGUUGCAAAGGUUCAGAAGAGCCCAGAGCCGGACACCGUCAACGAGGCUCAAGAAAACAAGCUGAAGGCAAUGUUUACUCAGUGCCAGACGAGGAUCAUUCAGAUCUAGUUCUUUCCUUGUAGCAGGAUUUUGUAGUUCUACAUCGAGAAACUUUCUAAACGGUAGCAUCAGCGAAAGCUUGCACAGUGUCAUUCAUAGGCCAAAUACACGCUCUUAGAUUUGCCCUUAAAUGAACCUAUUUCUCACGAAGACUCUUGUAGAAAACUGA